CGGCUGGCCGCGGAGAGAGACAGCAUCGCCGCGGAGAGAGACAGCAUCGCCGCGGAGAGAGACAGCAUCGCCGCGGAGAGACACAGCAUCGCCGCCGAGCAUCUCCCGCCGCCGCCGCUGCUGCCCGUGCGCACGGUGCCGCCCGCCGAAGGCAGCAUUAAGUCAUUCGCUCGCUGCCGUGUGGGAGGUGAAUUUGUCAUCGGGAACGAUGGAGCUACGAGAUCUCUGUGAUGCAGGUAGUGAAAGAACAGAUAAUGAGAGCACUCACUACCAAGCCUAGCUCUCUGGAUCAAUUCAAGAGCAAACUUCAGAAUCUCAGUUACACAGAAAUACUGAAAAUACGCCAGUCUGAAAGAAUGAACCAGGAAGAUUUCCAGUCUCGUCCAAUUCUGGAACUAAAAGAGAAGAUUCAGCCGGAGAUCUUAGAACUGAUCAAGCAGCAACGUCUCAAUCGACUUGUGGAGGGCACCUGCUUUAGGAAACUCAACAGUCGACGUCGACAAGACAAAUUUUGGUAUUGUCGGCUUUCACCUAAUCACAAGGUCUUGCACUACGGAGACUUGGAAGAAAGUCCCCAGGGAGAAGUCCCUCAUGAUUCUUUGCAAGAUAAAUUGCCAGUGGCAGAUAUAAAAGCUGUUGUGACUGGGAAAGACUGCCCACACAUGAAGGAGAAAGGAGCUCUUAAACAAAACAAGGAGGUGCUAGAGCUUGCUUUCUCUAUAUUGUAUGACUCAAGUGGCCAGUUGAAUUUCAUUGCUCCAGACAAGCAUGAGUAUUGUGUAUGGACCGAUGGUUUGAACGCCCUCCUUGGGAAGGAUAUGUUGAGUGACCUAACGCGGAACGACCUAGACACRCUGCUCAGCAUGGAGAUAAAGCUACGCCUCCUUGACCUGGAAAAUAUACAGAUCCCAGAUGCUCCCCCACCUAUCCCAAAGGAGCCCAGCAACUACGACUUUGUUUAUGACUGUAACUGAGGCAGUCACUGAAACUUGCUCUGAAACUGGAAAUAUGUUAUAACUGGAGAGAUAUUAAAAAAAAAAAAAAAAAAGAA